CGCUAAGGCCAAACGCUAGGGUUUUACACUUGAACAAUUCUCUGAUACACUGGCCAGAAAGAAGGGUUUAUCAUUCAUUAGUUUCCCAGCCACAUUGGCCGAAGCUAAUCAUUACAGAACAAGAAUUAAGAUUUACCUCUUGUAGUGUGCCCCAGUCGACAGUUUGGUGAAGGAAAUUCAUGGCAUAUUCUCAAGCACGUGACUUCAUGUUCUGUAGCUUCUGUGGUUCAAUGCUGUCUUUGGUAUCACCCAAGUAUGCUGAAUGCCCAUUGUGCAAGUUUAAGCCCAGUGCAAAAGGGAUUUUGGGAAGAGAAAUAGGUUACACCAUUACUGCUGAGGAUAUACGGAGAGACCUGGGCAUCUCACAUGUUAGUGAAGGGAUGAAAACUAAAGAAUCAGCAGCGUUGAUCAAACAGACUUGUAAAAAGUGUGGACAUCCAGAGCUUGAGUACACUACCAGACAAAUGAGAUCAGCUGAUGAAGGGCAGACUGUAUUCCUUGUAUGCCCAAAUUGUAAGUUUAAGGACACGGAAAAUUGAGUCUCUGUUCAACUUUCCAGAGCUGCGGGCACCAGUGUAAGAGGCAGGAGCAGUUUUAAGGGUUUUUGGGACUCAUCUUCUAUCAUGGCUUUGGAUCAAGGAAAAGUUAUAUUAAAAAAUCAGCUUCCAAUUUUUUGUUGAAAAAAAUUUUGUUCCGCCGAUUGUGUGUAAGUUUCAUUACUAUCUGAGGUGAUUUUCAUGUGGAAUUAUACUGCUUGUGGUUCUUAGAGUAGCCUGGUAUGCUUGUUUACUUUGCCCUGGAGAGAAAGGAACAACAGAUGCGGUGAUUGUCAUGUAGAAUAUACUGUUUGUGGCUCUUAGACUAGCCUGGUAUGCUUAUUUACUUUGCCCUGGAGAGAAAGGAACAACAGACUUUACGGGAGGCUGCUUCGGACAUUGAGAGUAUUGCUGCUUCAGAGAAUCUAAUUUUCAUGUAGAAUUUGGCAUGAUUGGCGCUUAUAAACAGUGGGAACAGAUUGUACUUAUUUUCUUGCUUUUGCAGGACUGUUAUUUGUUGUAGCAGGGAUUUUUCCUGUUUCUUUUGUAUGAUAAAAUCCUAUUUAUCCGACAAGAAAAAUUUUCUUC